AUGGCCGGCUCAGCAAAGAAAGCGACCAAAAAGUUCGAGAAGAGACGUCUUCCGGCUGUUCUUGAAAACCGCAAGUCCUUCGCCAAGGUCAAGCAGCGCCACCACCUGAACGACAAGCGCAAGGAGAAGAAUGCCCGCCGCGCAGCCGACGAAGAAGAGAACGAAGACGAUGAGGAGAACGAGCAAUCCGACAAGAAGAAGGCUAACUUCGCCGAUAUGAACGUUGACGAUUUCUUCGCUGGCGGAUUUGAUAUCACCGACGCAGGCAAUGAUAAGAAGAAGGCCAGCAAGAAGGAUGUUACACCCAAGAUUGGCAAGCGCAAGCGUUCCGCGGACCAAGCAAAGGAUGAGGAGGCCAGCGACGAUGGCUCCGGUGCCAGUGAUGAUGAUGGCAAUGCUUUCGAUGAACACAACGCUCAGCUUGAGUCUUUGAAGGAGAAGGAUCCUGAGUUCUACAAGUACCUGAAGGAGAAUGAUUCAGAGCUGCUUGACUUCGGUGACCAGGGUGAUCUCUCUGAAAUUGAUGAUUUGAGUGAGAGUGAGGCGCCUAAGGAGGAUGAGGAACCCGCAAAGAAGAAGAAGAAGAAGUCCAAGAAGGAUCAGGAAGAGGGGGAAGAGAAGGUGAUCGACAACACUCUUACCAUCGCUAUGGUCAAGAGGUGGCAGACUUUGAUGGAGGAGCAACAGUCAGUCCGCGCCAUGCGUCAAGUUGUUCUGGCAUUCCGUGCCGCAGCCAACGUCAACGAGCCCGAGGCCCCGGAACAGAAGUACACCAUCUCCGAUCCCAAUGUCUACCACCAGGUUCUUGUGACCGCAUUGAACACCGUCCCCAAGACACUGGCGCACCAUCUUCCCGUCAAGGAGACCGCUGGUGGCAAGAUCAAGGUCUCUCUCGACUCCAAGAAGUUCAAGACACUUACUCCUCUGAUCAAGUCGCACACAUCUUCGGUUCACCUGCUGCUGAUGAACCUGUCGGAUGCAUCCACCCUUAAAAUGACAAUCUCCUCCAUGGAACCCAUGUUGCCCUACCUUCUUCAGUUCCGUAAGGUCUUGAAGACUCUGAUCAAGACAGUCGUCGGCAUCUGGGCAGACGUCUCCACAGCAGAUGCUACAAGAAUCACUGCAUUCCUCUUGCUUCGCCGUCUCAUGGUCCUGGGCGACGCCGGUAUCAAAGAGUCUGUCCUCAAGGCCACCUACGAAGGUGUGGUCAAGGGCAGUCGCAACACCACAAUUCACACUCUCGCCGGUGUCAACUUGAUGAAGAACUCCGCUGCCGAAAUCUGGGGCAUUGACCAGAACGUUUCAUACACUACCGGUUUCACUUUCAUCCGCCAAUUGGCCAUGCACUUGCGCAGUAGUAUUACCAACACCUCCAAGGAGUCCUACAAGACCAUCUACAACUGGCAAUACGUACACUCACUCGACUUCUGGUCCCGUGUGCUAUCGCAGCAUUGCGAUGGUCUCGUCGAAGCCCAGGCUGGCAAGCAAUCCGCCCUGCGCCCCCUUAUUUACCCCGUCGUCCAACUUACCCUGGGUGCUAUGCGUCUCAUCCCAACUGCACAAUACUUCCCCCUCCGCUUCCAGUUGACCCGCGCCUUACUGCGUAUCUCCCGCGCAACAGGCACUUACAUCCCGCUCGCCUCAUCUCUCCUGGAAGUCCUGUCAUCCGCUGAGCUGCGCAAGUCACCCCGAUCAAGCACUCUCAAACCCCUUGACUUCAACACUUCCAUUCGCGCCGCGAAGUCCUAUCUUCGUUCUCGAAUCUACCAAGACGGCAUCGGCGAGCAAGUCGCUGAGCUUUUCUCUGAGUUCUUCGUCUUGUGGUGCAAGCAUAUUGCUUUCCCUGAACUUUCGGUUCCCAUCGUUGUCUCCCUUAAGCGCUGGCUGAAGCAGGUCUCUGCCCGUAGUGGCGGCAACAAGAAUGCCAAGAUUAACCAGAUGAUUCUUCUGCUUGUGCAGAAGGUCGAGGCUAAUGCUAAGUGGAUCGAGGAGCGUCGUUCUCAGGUCUCAUUUACCCCUCGUAACCGUACUGAGGUCGAUACCUUCCUCAAGGACGUCGACUGGGAGAGUACCCCUCUCGGUGCGUUUGUGAAGACUCAGCGCAAACUUAGAGAGGAGCGUGCUGCUCUUCUUGAGGAGGGUCGUUUGGAGGAGGAGAAGCGUCGUGUUGAGGCUAGUAAGCAAGAUGGCGAGGAUGAGAGGAUGAAGGAAUUUGGAAGCGAUGAUGAUAGUGAUGAUGAUGAGGGUGAAGAGGAGAUGGAGAGUGAAGAUGAGAUUGAGGAGGAAGAGGAGGAUGAAGAUGAGGACGAGAUCGAACUCGAGGAGGAUUAA